AUGGCUGCUCGUCCACAGAACAUUGGCAUCAAGGCCAUCGAAAUCUACUUCCCCAGCCAGUAUGUCGAGCAAACCGAGUUGGAGAAGUUCGAUGGUGUCAGUACUGGAAAGUACACCAUUGGUCUCGGCCAGACCAAGAUGGCCUUUUGCGAUGACCGUGAAGACAUCUACUCUUUCGCCCUGACCGUCACCUCAAACCUCCUCAAGAACUACAAGAUCGACCCCAACUCCAUUGGACGUCUCGAGGUCGGCACUGAGACCAUCCUGGAUAAGUCCAAGUCCGUCAAGACCAUCCUGAUGCAGCUGUUUGGCGAGAACACCAACGUCGAGGGUGUUGACACUGUCAAUGCCUGCUACGGUGGCACCAACGCCUUCUUCAACUCCGUCAAUUGGAUCGAGUCUUCUGCUUGGGAUGGCCGUGACGCUAUUGUCGUCGCUGGUGACAUUGCCCUCUACGCCAAGGGUAACGCCCGCCCUACUGGUGGUGCUGGUGCCGUUGCUCUCCUUAUUGGCCCCAACGCCCCUGUCGUUGUCGAGCCCGGUCUGCGUGGUACCUACAUGCAGCACGCCUACGACUUCUACAAGCCCGACCUGACCAGCGAGUACCCUUACGUGGAUGGUCACUACUCCGUCAACUGCUACAGCAAGGCUCUUGACGCUGCCUACCGCGACUACAACAAGCGUGAGGCUAAGCAGGCCAUCAAUGGCAGCAACGGCGCUACAAACGGCGACGCCUCCAAGACUUCUCUAGACCGCUUCGACUACCUUGCUUUCCACUCCCCCACCUGCAAGCUCGUCCAGAAGUCCUAUGCUCGUCUCCUCUAUCAUGACUACCUCGCCAAUGCCGAUGCCCCUGCUUUCGCCGAGGUGGCACCUGAGCUGCGCGACAUGGACUACGAGAAGUCUCUGACCGACAAGGUCGUCGAGAAGACCUUCAUGGGUCUCACCAAGAAGAAGUUCCAGGACCGUGUCAACCCCUCUAUCCAAGUCGCCACCAACUGCGGUAACAUGUACUGCGCCAGUGUCUGGGGUGGUCUCGCUAGCUUGUUGAGCUUCGUCGAGCCCAAGAACCUGGAGGGUAAGCGUAUUGCUCUGUUCAGCUACGGCUCCGGUCUGGCUGCCAGCUUCUUCUCUUUCCGCAUCAACGGCAGCGUCGAGAACAUCUCCAAGGUCCUCAACAUCCCUGCCCGUCUUGAGGCCCGCCGUGCCGUUCCCCCUGAGACUUACGACCAGAUGUGCGACCUCCGAAAGCAGGCUCACCUCCAGAAGGACUACACCCCCAAGGGUGACGAGUCUACCAUCAUCCCUGGCACAUACUACCUGACCAAGGUUGACGACAUGUUCAAGCGCGAGUACGCUGUCAAGGCAUAA